AUGCCGGAGCAAAGGCACGUUCCCAAAGUAGUCGAGGCGGAGUACCGGCGACUGGCAGAUUCGGCCGCGGCGCGGAUCCCGGCGGAAUCGCUACUCUCUCCCACCAUAUGGAAAGAGGAAUUCUACUGGCCGAACCAGUUUACAACCACGCAAUGUGCUUGUUUGAUGCGGUAUUACAUUGAAAACCUGGCGCCCUGGUUUGACGUAGGAGACCCGGCUAGACACUUCACAUUGGCAGUGCCCCAACAUGCAAGGCGAUGUCCUCCAUUGCUCAAUGCCAUCUUUACUCUUGCCGCCAGACACCUCGCGUCGCUCCCGCAUUUCAAGACCGCCGAUGGGGUGAUUGAGUAUCAAAGCAUUCGACUGCCCAAGUUGACCGAAGAGACUGCUGUGAAAUACCACCAGGCGUGUAUCGCGUACCUUAUCAAACUGGCUACCGAUCCCGAGCAUGUCAGGGAUGAGAACUUGUUAGCGGCUGCGGUCAUUCUGCGCUACUACGAAGAGAUCGAUCCGUCUUUGACAGGGGGUGAUAUCAAGACACUGAUCCACACCUUCCAGCUGUUUGUCAACGCCCAAGCCAACCCAUAUGCAUAUAGCAUGGACGAGGCGAAACAUACCGAGUACCUGAGACCAGGGUCGGCUGUCGGGACGUUCGACAACUGCCUCGCAUACUUGAAAAGCUUUCAACAUGCAUCCUUCCGAGUGGCCCUACGGCAAGAAAUCACGAUCGCUUUUCUGAAACAACGGGCCGUCCGCCUCCCACUAGAGACCUGGAGCGUUCUGCAGGGGUUUACUAAAGCCGAGGACUUUGUCUGGUCGGAUCGACACCUCUACCAUUGUGCAAAGGUCUUGCAGUUUUGCUUUGGCGGUGAUAAUGGUAAUGGUAAGACACAGAUUGAACGAUGGACCGAGCUUCGAGAUUUCGAGACGCACUGGAACCAAUCCAAACCCUUGUCAUUCAUGCCAAUCCAUUACCAGGACCCGGAUCCCACCAAGGGAGAAUGUCUACCUCACAUCUGGUACAUGGCGGAAGUUCACGUCACGGGGCUGCUGUCGCUGGACCUGGCUCGGAUUUUGUUGACAGUAUACAAUCCCGACAUUCCCAGGAUUGGACCUGGAGUCGCGGCAGCGCAAAGGCGCAUUGCGGACGAGGUGCACGAUGUCGUGAUACGACUUUGCGGCACGGCCGUUUCGCUCGGAGGUACAGCGGCAGCGACCCCUUCUUCACAACCGGCCAUGGUGCAAGCGUACGUGGCCAUUGUGGUCUGCGGAGAGUAUUUCAAGGAUCCCAUUGAACAACGGGUUCUUCUGGGGAUUUUGGACAGGUUGAAGAACGAUCACGGGUGGCCGACGGCAAAGGCUGCUCUGCGACUGAAACAUGAAUGGGGCUGGACCUGA